UCCAGCAACACAUUUUCAGCUCUGAUCUCCAGCAUCUGCAGUCCUCACUUUCUCCUGUAUAUGGAGAUUAGUGGGUUGGAAGCUGAAGACCAGGGGGAUUCUAUCCAUGUGAUUAGAGGAGUGUUGUCCAAGAGCAGAGGUGCAGGAAGUGGAGGGUGUUGUUGAUCACAUGGGUGGGGAAAUUGCAGUCUGUGAAAUAGGAUGCACUGAAGGGCAUUGUUAAUCAUGUUGAAGGGGAAAUUCCUUGAAAUAGAAUCUCCUCCACUUCCUGCACCUCCGCCCUUGAACCCCACCCCACCAACAAAAAGGAUAGAAACGCCCCCACCCCGGCCAUCACCUUCCAUCCCAAUAAUCUCAGCAUACAGCGCAUUAUCCUCUGCCAUUUUGGUUGCAGUCUUCCUAAGGGGAAAAUGAGGUAUUUUCUUCCAGCUUGUGCUGGAAGGUAUGUUUUUGGGCCCUUGGAUACAGAGAAGGUAAAUGGGCAGGUGUUACACCUUUGGUAGUUGCAGGGGAAGGUGCCAUGGGACUGUGGGUGGGUGUUGGGAAUGAAGGAAGAUUGGACCAAGGUGUCAUGAAGGAAACUUGGCCCUGCAGAAGGCGCACAAGGAAGAGGAGGGGAAUGUGUCUGCUGGUGACAUCUUGCUGGAGGUGGUAGAAAUGGCAGCUGGAUGUGGAUGUUGGUGGGAUAAUAGGUAAGGACAAGGGGAACUCUAUCGCUGUUGCAGGAGGGAAGAGAAGGGGUGAGGACAGAUGUGCGGCAGAUGAAUCAGACCCAUUGACGGCCCAGUUGCCAACGGUGCUGUGAAAUGCACGGUUGAGGAAGAAGGUAGACAUUCGGAGGCUCUCGUUGAGGUUUGCCUCAUCAAAACGUAUGUGAUGAAGGAAUUGGGAGAAUGGAAUGGAGUUCUUAACAGAAACAGGGUGCGAGGAUGUAUUUUCCAGGUAGCUGUGGAAGUCGGGUUUAUAGUGGACAUUGGUGGCAGAAAUGGAAAUAGAUGUCAAGGAAGGGAAGGGAGGAGUCAAAGAUAGACCAGGUGAAAGUGAGGGUGGGGUGGAAAUUGGAAGCAAAAUCGAUUAACUUUCCCAAUCCCAGCCAAGAGAGGGAAGCAGCAUUUAUGAUAUCGAUAUAUUAAAGAAAGAGUUGUGGGUGGGCUCCAGAAUAGGACUGGAACAAGGAAUGUUCCAUGUAACCCAUGAAGAGACAGGCAUAACUGAGGCCAAUGGCCACCCCUCUGACCUGGAGAAAAUAAGUUAAAAGAGAAGUUGAGGGUGAGGCCAAGCUCAGCCAAGUGGAAGAGAGUGAUGGUGAGUGGGGAUGAUUCAGACCUUUGUUUCAGGAAGAAGUGGAGAGCCCUGAGACUAUCCUGGUGGAGGAUGGAUGUGUAAAGGGAUUGCACAUCGCUGGUAAAGAGGAGGCGGCUGAAGCCUGAAAACUGGAAACUCCAAAACUGGCGUAAAGUGUCAGAGGAAUUACGGGUGUACGUUGGCAGGGACUGGACCACUGGAGAAAAGAUUCAAUUAAGGUAGAAAGAGAUGGGUUCUGUGGGGUAGGAGCAGACUGAAACAAUGGGCAGUCCUGUUUUUGGAUUUUUGGAAGGAGGUAGAAGCAAUCUGUGGGGCUGGUGGACGAUCAGUUUGGAGGCAGUGGGGGAGAGGUCACCGGAUGAAAUGAGCCCUGUGACCGUGGUUGACAUAAUGGCCUCAUGUCAUCGUGGGCUCAUGAUCCAGAGGUAUCUGUACAACAGCACCAGCCUUAUUCCAACUAUAGAGUCCGAGAUGUACAGAAUGGAUAUAGACACUUCUAUCCAACUCGUCCAGGCUGACCAGAUAUUCUAAAUUAAUCUAGUCCCAUUUGCCUGCACUUGGUUUGUAUCCCUCCAAACCCUUCCUAACCAUAUACCUAUCCAGCUACCUUUUAAAUGUAAUUGUACCAGCUCCACCAUUGCCUCCGACAUCUCUAUCAUACACCCUGUGAAAAAGUUGCCUUUAGGUCCCUUUUAAAUCUUUCCCCUCUCGCCCAAAACCUAUCCCCUCUCAUCCUGGACUUGUGGAGCAUCUUCGUGUGGCUUCAACUUGCCACAAGGCUGAGAGCGCAAAUGAUGCGAUGUUGUCUCACUUCCUUUCAUAAUGUGUACUGUCUCAUUAACUCGGUCAGACUGACAUCCUUCCACUGAACAAUAGGGAGAUGGUGCCUGCAAUUCUGUGGGAAAUCGGACAGUACCUCUGCAGAGCAGACAUGAAGGGUCGGAUGAUCUAACCAUGCUUCUCUUCCUCAUGGAUUGGCAGAAUCUAAUUGUUCUGAUUUCGAAAUGUUCCAGCGACAGAUGCCAAGCGGGAUCGAAUUGCCAUCAGCCUUUACAAAAAUUAUGGGACAACGUUUGAUACACAGAUAGCAAAACAAUUCUAUUCUGAUGGAUAAGCACUAAACACAAUUUGGAACAAUCUGUGCUAUCGCUUCCAAUGGUCCACCCCUUUCCUCAACCCUAGUAUCUGACCAAUUUCCACAAUAUAAUAAAACAAAGAACUGCGGGUGCUGAAGAUCUGAUUGAAAACAGAAAACGUUUGGAGAAACUCAGUAAUUGGGUCUGGUAGCAUCUGUGGAGAGGGAAACGGUUAACGUUUCAAAUCCAGUGACUUUUUUUCGAACUGAUCACCUGGUGCCCACUUUCCACAUUGUAAUCAUUCACCGUUAUUAACUAGUUGUGUAUUUGCACAAAGCCAACUUUACCUUCUAAAGUUGUAACAAUCAGGAAUACACUGACUUUUGAAUUGUUUCUGGAACUACCUCAGAAUCUCCAAUGAAUUAGGCACAAGCCUGCCCGCGCGGUUACUAUGGUUCCGGGUGAUUGACAGCGACUGGUCGCGCCCUCACGGUUGCUAGGCAGCAGCGUUCAGGCCGGAGUCCGGAGAAGGGAACGGGAUCGUGGAGACGAGAAGAUCCACCAUGUCGGUGCAGUUGGCCCGGAGCUCACUGGCAAUGGUUCUGGGGGUUCGGGAAGCGGCCUCGAGGCCGGACCUGAGCGGGCAGCAGUUGCUGGCACAACUGAAGGCGGAGAACCGGCGCAAUGUGUGGGAUGGGCGGCUGGUUCAGGCCGUAUCCGGCCUCCUGCUCCUCGGCUGUCUGGAUAGCUCGGUCUUGCUGCUAGGUGGCAGCGCCUCACACCUACAGGUCCUGAGGGAAGCUUGGAGCCGGAGAGCACUGAGGGCCCCCCGCGGAUUCCGUAUCAAAGCCAUGGGUGAUGUACCCGCAAUACCCAUGAAGCCCAUUCCUCAGUCCCAGUUUGUUCCCCUGGCAGAAGUGCUAUGUUGUGUUAUUUCCGAAAUGAAUGCUAAUCGCACAGUUGUGACCCAGGAAGCCCUUUUGGAAUAUUUGGUCGAGUGCUAUCCAGGUAUAGCAACACCCUCUCAGGAGAUCGUGCACAGUGCCUUGGGCUCCCUGAUUCAGGAGAGGAAGAUUUAUCACACUGGUGAAGGCUAUUUCAUUGUCACUCCACAGACCUACUUCAUUGCAGGUAGCAUGGGAAUGCAGAGACAGCCCUGGGUCCUCCAUGAGGAAAGCGCUGCCUCACCUGAUCGUGUUAUAUAUCUUGUGAGUGUGGAGAGCAGUCAGGAGCCAUUGCAGAAGGAGAGGGUCCUUCCUGAUGGAGCCCCCCAUUGCAAGUCCUGUCGCUGCUUCAGCCAGCCAAUGGAAAAGCAACAGGCUGACCCCCGUUUCUGCAAGAACAGCCCAGGCCAGAGGAGCUGCAAGGAGCACAAGCCUGCAGUCCAGCACAGGGCCACCUCUACAGCAUUUGGGCCACGCAGGGCCAAAGAGAAAGGAAUUCCCAUCCGAAAAUUCAGCCUCAGUCUGUUCCGACGCAACAAAAAAAAAGACAGCCCCAAGAGAGCGUAUGGGACUUUCUCAGCCCAGUUUCCCCCAGAGGAGUGGCCAGUACGUGAUGAGAACAGUGUGGGGAACAUUCCCCGAGACGUGGAGCACCAACUCAUCAAACGUAUCAAUCCUGGACUGACUGUAGAGAACCUGGUCAGGCACACCUUAAUGAUGAAGAAACUGGGCAGAGAGAGCACUGCCCAAUUUCAUGGCAGUGGCUCACUGGAUCAGUUGAUUGGCAAGCAUCAUUCUGAAGAAAACCCCCAAAAGACAGCAGCUAAACUGCAACAACAGCAUCGGAAGAUGAGGUCCAGCAGGGAGAAGAAAAGGCUUAAGUCCAAGGGAUCUCUGCAAUUGACUAAGGGUCUCCCCAAGCCUGGGAAUAGUCAAAAUGUUAAGGAACUGGCCAAGCACAGGAGUGAAGGAGAACAAAUGCUUUUUGAGGAGCAGCCAACCCAGGCUUGCAGGAGUAGUAUCCCAAUCACACAACUACACCAGAAGAGAAUCGAUGAUCCUUUCACCAAGGGCAAACACUAUUUUGCCCAAAAUACCAUAAUCAACAAUCCGAGGUUGAGGCAGAGGUCACAGUCUGUGGAUUCCUCCAGCAGGGGACAGGAUGCUGUCUCCGUAAGAGAGAUUGCUCCGGAGAAGUUCCACCCCAACACCGCUGCCUAUCUCAUCAGGCCAGCUGAAGAAGGUAACAAGGAGCAGCUACAAAGUCAUGAUGUUAGGACAGAGUGCAGAAAUCAGGUUCUCAUAUACCACAAUGUCCCCACUGGCUGUGAAUCCCAGGAUCACCUGAAUAAAAAUCAAACACCUGGCUCUCCCCAAAAUAUGCAGACUUCAAAUCACACCCAUAGCUGUGCCCAGCAAUCUCUCCAAGAGCAGGAAUCAGAGGAAUUUAGCAAUGUAACAAGGCCAGAGAUCAGCCAUGAGUAUGAGGAUAGUUCUGUCCCUCAAUCUUUGUGCGAUCGAAUUUCCAAGCAGGGUCAGAACUCUACAACAGUGAAGUGUGCAAGUAUGGAGAGUCUAUCAAGCCUAUCUCCUCUGUCUGAUGCACAGCGAAUGUCCCCCAACCAAGCACAACAGUCUGAGGGUGAAACAGCCAGCCAACCAGAGACCAAUGAGGAAAGGAGUGAGGCCUUUACUGAUGAGGAUCAGGCCUUGUAUCAGAGAGAGCUGGACGAGGAUGAUGCCUGCAGUUCACUGUACCUCGAUGAUGCUGAGCUGCCCGCACCUCUGCCUGGCCUCGACUGUGCCGAUGAUCCUGGGAGUGAAGGUGAGCUGUCCAAUGAAAGCUGGGUUUUAUCCAAGAUGCUGCUGCAGGAGGAGCAAACUCCAGAAAGUGAAUUUGCUGGACAGCAGGUGGAGAGCUGGUUAAACGGAACAAGUGACAGCAGCAUGGGACACUCCACACCUUGCUAUGGGAAGGAGACUCGCAGUCCACUUUGCAGAUACCAACCAAUAUCACCAUUGCCAUAUGAACAUCUGGAGAAAGAGGAACAUCCAAGUGGGUGCAGAGAGCUCAUCAGCAAUAUAUUUGAUUACUGUAAUGUAACAGUUACUGACUCUUCUCCAGAGACUCUUCACACACUGAAUAAUGAAGGCAUCAGAAACCCAGCCAGUCAGAACCUCUGGGCUGUGCCCAGAAUGAAAACUCAGUUGAUGGGAAAUUUGGAGCACAACCAAUUUCCUCACCACUCCCACAAUACUUCAUUAUUACAGACCAGCCAAGAAGAGAGUACUCAUCUGGAGUUGCUGGAAAACCACAGCAUUACUGGAGAUAGUGGUAUUGACUCGCCAAGGACCCGAGUGAGUUUGGCAUCAAAUAAUUCAAUCAUUCUGGACAGCUUGAAGCGGCGGAGUUUGAUGCAAAAUUAUGGAACUUUGAGCAGCACUGGACAGAAUGGUGUUUUUUCCCAGCAUCCCUUACUGCAGCUCACCCCAGUAAUGAAUGUUUGACUGACCGCUGUGUUGACUGACCCAAGAAUGUAAAAUGCCAGAUUCUUGUGUGUUGUAAAUGGUAAAUCAAUUAUGAAUUGCACAGCUCUAUGCAAUGAAGACAGAAAAACCAAAAGAACUGUGGAUACAGGAAAUCCAAAACAAAAGCAGAAAUUGCUGUAAAACAAGAAUGGCAGAAUCUGUGGAGAGACAUCAGACUCGAUGUUUCCAGUCCAGUGACCCUUAGGACCAGUUCUGAAGAAGGCUCACAGGACCCAAAAUAUGUCUCCACAGACACUCCCGAUCCUGCUGAAAUUUCCAACAAUUUCUGUUUGUGUUUAUGAAAUCAAAUCUUUUAUACUAAUGGCUUUUGUAUUGCUCCCAUAUACUGACUUUUUUUAGUUAGUUCCUGGUAUAUGGGUUUUACUGGUAAUGUCAACAUUUAUUGUCCAAUCUUAAUUACCCUGAUUAGUGGUUUUAGUGUAUCUAAGCAAUUUGCUGAGCCACUUAAGGGCAGUAAAGAAUCAACCACUUUGUCACGUGUCUGGACCAUUCAGUAUAUUAGUGAAACAAAUGGAUAUUUAUGGAAAUCCAGUAGCUACAUGAUCACCGUUUUGGACUCUGGCUUUUCAUUCCAGAUUUUAUUCAAUAAAUAGAAUUUAAAUUCCACAGUUGCUAGAUUACUGGUCCAGUAAUAUGUCCACAAUGCUUAUCUCUCCUUUUAUAUUAGAUUUAUUUGCAAAACCUAUGUAUUUUUAUAUGUUACUAAAAGGGAUGUUUGUGCGAAAACAUUAAAGCAGAUAAAAAUAAAAACACGUUUUUAAAAAGUAGCCUUUUAAACUAUGAGUUUGGAAAUUGCAUUUUCUGGGUGAAGAAUAAAUGCAAGUAAUUUUUACUGAGGAUUUGCAGAAAGAUUUCAGGACGUCUAAGUUUGUUUGACUGGUUAGGUAUCUUCUAAUUGUAGUGAUUGUAACAAGGAUAGCCAAGUGGACAUAAAGUGUGAGUUCCCUGAUUGGGGCUGUUAAUCUGGUCCAAUCAGGGAGCCCUGCCUAAUGCAUAUAAACAGGAGUGUCAGAGGUUAUGUUCACUCUGAGGAGGCUGCAUCACUGUGAAGAACUCUCCCAAGUCUUAAUAAAGGGUUACUUGGU